CUGCUGCUCAUGCUUGUCACUCGUUAAUAAUCAAGGAACUUGAGUCAAUCCUUUGUGCACAAACGCUCUCGACAAAAGCCCGCGAGCGUGAUGACAUAGCACACGCGCCGACACCACAAACACGAUAUCGUGAGUCUGCAGACGUCGGUUGGGAAAGGUUCGAGAGGUAUGCACCGGAAGAAAAGGGCGGCAGCAGCAGCAAGCAGGGAGGACCCGCGCGCGUCGCCGAGGAGAUCCGCAGAGUUUGGAAUACAAGAGCAGCCGCGACAGGCGCGCCAAGGAGAUCCAGGGACAGCAUUUGGAAUACAAGGGCAGCAGCGGCGGAGGAAGAACAUGUGGGAGAAGUACUGGACGGAGAUGGAAUAUGGGCAUCUAAGGGAGAAGAACGAUGCACCGGCAGGAGCAAUGGCUGCCGGAAGAACGACUGCCGGGGCAGCUGGUGGAGCUGGGCUCGGUACACAACGGGUGAGCAUGAAAAAUGACGGAAAUUGUGCUUUGAGCGGUUACAGCAGCAGUCGCAACCCGCCCAAAAUCCCGACGAAUUCGACGAAGGCCGUGAGCUGGCUUCGGAGAAUGCGGAAUUUCCUGGCUGUCGAGGAUUUGGAGCGAACCCUUGACCACAUGCCAUCUACUGGUUAUGUCAACGUUAUCAGUUGUCUGGAUCGCACAUACCUGAACCAGACUCACGGUGCACAUCUGGUGGCAGCUCACCAGCGGGCGUGGGGGUACAUGUUGGAAGCAACCUGCGGCACGGACAUUGAAGAACGGUUGGGUGCUUGCGACUGCGUCCCUGAGGCGUGGAGCGUGAUCCACGAAUGGCUGUUGCCUACUCUUGACGCUGAGAAGACGUUGCUUGUGAGGCGACUUGAGACGAUUGAGAUGCAUCCCGGCGAGGACCCGAAACUCUUCUUCGCCAGAGUAGACGGAGUGAUCAACAUCAUGAAAGCUGUCGGCAUCGAAAAAUCUGAGCGGGCUAUCGUGCACAUCAUUGUCCGCCAGCUUGCGCACGAGUACGAUAUCGAACGCAAGUCCAUCCUGGCCGACCCCACCAUUUCCCGAGCGAAGGUGGAAAACGUUGUUCGCGCGGCAUACGCCAACAAGGUCAUGAUGAAGGAAUUGGGCAAAGCGCAGGCGGCACCGGCGGCAGCGGUGACGGUUGGUGGGCUUGGGUCCGGUCAUGGUGGCCACGGUCAGGGGGGACUACAACGGCGGUGGCGGCAACAGCGGGAGCAGCAGCAGUGGCACGUGCCCGUCGGUGACGGAGAGGGUCUCAACGCGAAUGGCAACGACGCUAUGCCGCACCAGCAGCGGAAGCGACGACGCUGGAGGAGGCAAAGGCAUCGACAGGAGGCGAUGCUCCCCGUGUUUGCAGCUGGCGCGGUGGCAUGGGGAACAGUACCUGCGGCAGGAGCGGCGACCGUUGAUGGUGGUUUCCCCACUACGGUGGCGGGGGGAACGGUCGGGGGGCAGGCGCUCGCGGCGGGAGCAGCGGCAUCGACGGCAGCACCGGCGGCGAGAGCGGCGACCCCCGGCAGCAGAGUCUUCCCCGCGGCGGCGGCAGGGGAGACGGCCGGGGCGCAGGCACUCGCGGCGGGAGCAGCGGCAUGGACGGCAGCACCGGCGGCGAGAGCGGCGACCCCCGGCAGCAGAGUCUUGCCCGCGGCGGCGGUGUGGGAGCCGGUUGGGACGCAGGGAAUUGCGGCUAAAGCGUCAGCAGCGCAAGAGCCGGAGGACGAGUGCGAUGAGGAUAGCUGUUGGUUGGGCCAUGGCGACGAAGGUGGCAACAGUAGCGACGGCAGCGGUGACGGCGGCAUCGGGGCGUUGUCCGCCGGUGCAAGGCAUCCCGGCGCCCAUCCGACCGUGAGCAAUGGCAUCUACGUCGUGCGGGACGAUGGGGGGUAAUGCCAGGAAGGGAGGAUCGAUCGUGGCAGAAGUGUGCGGCAUGAAGUGAGAGACUUCGUGAUCGGGAUCUCCAGAGGAGGAAGUAAGAGACUUCGUGAUCGGGAGCUCCAGUGGGGGAUGACCGAUGGUUGCAACGACGCAGCUCUGGAUCUACGCGCGGUUCAGGCACGUUUGUUUGUGAGAAUUGUUGGGUUUGGGUUAUUUCUAGGUUUGGUUUUGAAUUGUUUGUCGAAAACCAUGAGUUUGAGAACUGUGUCGACGUAGACUUAGAGUUGCGAUGCGCAUGAUUGGUUACAUUGUGAUUUUCAUAUGUUGGGCAUUGAGUUUGGAUAAUCUAAGAAUUCAGCACGCCGAAUGGUUCAGUUGACAUCGUUGGACCACUGCUAGCACUGCUGUCGAAAAUCAUGGGGGGGGAUGAAUGUGAUUGUGAUGCCAUGAUCCUCGUCGCAGUACAAGCAGCGUUCUAGCAGACGUUCGGGUUUGGUUUUUGUUCAGUUUGUAAACGUUUUCCCCGUUUUACCUGCGGAAAGUGAGGAGAAUUUCUUGUUUGUUUCCGAUUCCGCGUUUUACCUGCGGCUGUCGGAGAUAAGUUCAUGAUAUUUGUUUGUUUUCUCGUUGUUAGUAUUCGAGAGUUGUGCCUUGCAUGUAUUGCUGUAGGACGGAUUGAGUUCCAUGGUCGGAGAUAUGUUGAAGGGGAGAUGUCAAUCGGUAUACGUUUUGUAUUCUGUUUCUUGCAAUCCAGACGAAAUACUGGAUGGCUUGCAUUUUCUGUUUCGGGAGUUAUUGCAGCAGGGGGGCUGUUAAGUUUUUAUGUUUUUGGAGAUAUUGUGGCCAGGGGCUGCUAACAAAUUAAUGUUGUCCCUUUGUUUGAGAAACGGCUUAAUUGGUGAAAGUUUCCUCUGGCAUUUUAAUAUGCCCCGGGUUUUUAACCUUUGUCUCUUUAGCCGUAUUUGGUAUUUUGGUUUUUCUGAAUGAUAUAUUGAAGAAAGGAAUUGGCAUAUUUUGGUAAGACAUGGCUGAGGCCUAUGUGCUUCCGAAGCUUAUUUGAGAUUGGUCAAUGAGCUGAAACAUGGUUUUGUGCGAGGAUCUUGUCCGAAGUAAUAGUUGACACGUUUUUCCGGAGUUGUCCGUCCAAAAUCUUUAUGACGUGACUCUGAUGUAAUGUUGAUCUUUGCGGAGUAUUUUUCUAAGGAUGAUUCUUGGUUUUUGGCUGCUUGAGAAUUUGGUGACGACAUUUUCUCGGGAGGGAUGAUUGUUAAGACUCUAAUGAAGUUCCAACAUACAUAGUAGUGGAUUAAGGAGGAAUAGAAACUUGAAAUUUGAUUAUUCAAUAGAUCGGGAAGUUGAGAUGAUUUGUGGAUACGAAAGAUGAAUGGUUUUGAUUUUGUUGCCGUUUUACCUGGCGAUAUGUGCGGAAGGUGUAUGUGAGAAUACCCAAGAAUACCCUUACUCCGUUGUGAGUAAAGAUCCCUGAAGUGGUGAAUUACCGUUCAGCGACGGAGGCACUAUAGGACAUCGUUGGGCGCAGCUGAUAACGUAGUCGUGCUUUAAAGUAGGAACACGGCGGCCGCGACGGUAACUACCCAUCGUGAUGUAGCGGUUUGACAUUGCGUAGUGUUGUCACAACGACGUCAGGCACAAUACAAGAGUGGGUGGACGGGUAGGCACGGAUGUCAACAGACAACCCUGGAGAUCGCAUCACCACGGUCGGUUGUAAGCUGAAGGAGUUCACCGCGGUCAUCAUGUCUCGCAAUGGCUCAUUCUCCCGCGCGUUUUCUUGUGCCUGCGGGCCGUGUACAAACAUGACAUGUUCCCGUUUUCCACGGCAGAAGAAGGCGAUGAAAUGGCAAACCACAAUCCGACCAAUCUCGAGAAUGGCUUCUCGCUCCUUGAGGAAGACGAUGGAGAUGCAGGGUGGGACUCGAUUCUGAGCAAAACCGAAAGCGAGCUUCAUCGCCGUGGUUUCAAGAGCAAAACAACAGCGGUCACGUGUGUGAGCGUCUCAUGUUGAACUUUGUUCAUCGCUUAAGCAGGAGUAGAAGAUCUCGUGCUGGCGUCGAGAAUGUGGGUGUCCCGGAGGGCGACAGUGCUUGUUGCAUUACACAUUCUGUACAUACUGAUACAUCGUAUGCAUAUGGACAGGGGUGGGGGGGGUGUAGGUUCUGUAGCAUAUUGUUUCGCCAGCAUCAUCAGCAUCACUUCAAUGCCCUAUUUUUCUCUCCGUGCAGGCAAGGCACGAAGGCGAGCUCCCUCCGAUUGGCUCACAUCGACGGCAACGUGAAGAAGCCGGCGAACCCGUCGUGAACGAGUACGAUAAGGCUGGAGUCAGCACCUACGCUCGACGUGUCAUAAGAUGGGUGUCGCAGUGUAGGCAGAUCCUCGUAGCGCUUGUCACGAAGUUGGGUCGCGCUUCCGAAUUCAAGGGAGCAACCAUCCACCCACGGUGGCGUCCAAAUAGUGCAGAAACGUGGACUAAUAGGUGAAGUAGAGCUAGGUUUAUUUGAUGGGGACGGCAGUGAGUCGUAAAGUGGGGGGCUUCACCGCUGACUGUCAGUGAUGAGACGAUUUCGGGGACCCGGUUGAUAAUGAAUCUGAGCCUGACCCUGUACUGACUGUUCAAACGGGGAGGAUGUAUGCCAACCUGAUGGAGGUGUGUGCGCAUGUACACCGAAAACACGUCCAGGGACUCUCGCCCACAUGAGGCGAACAUAUUAUGUUGAAUGGAAAUGGAAGAGAAAGCAUUUGCUGACAGACGCAGAAGUGUUGAUGGUGCCAAGCCUCGGGCGGGACUUCAAGACUCGCCACAUCACCCUAAAAUAAGUCAAAAGCAGAAUGCGGUGAGGGAUUUGAGCCGGGUAGAGGGGGCAAGAGGGUCAAGACAGAAAGUCCUCGGCAGAUCAAUAUGGGUCAUGUGUAUAUGGUCUCGAUGGCUUCAGUUGCAGGCAGCACGUUUGUUUUUGGAAUCAGGAGUGCCGAGGGCAUUUUCGGCGCGUGAAUACAGCUUGGUUGUACUGCUGUAGUGUUGCAAGUAUUAUGUUGUCCGUUGUAUCGCGUAGGUUUUUGUCGUGCAACAGACCCCUUUUGUUUUUUGAUGAUUAAAGCUUGUAGCUUUCUUUGUGGUGGCGAAUAUUUGGUGUAUUUGGCUUGGGGAACUACACCAUACAACCCGGUUUCAAGUUGCUGGUUUUGUUUUCUCCGUGUAACUUUUCUUGUUCGCUGUUUCCUGUGUGCUCCAGCGUGGGUAGAGCACAAUAUUUGGCAGGACAGAAGCCAGGCACCGGCAAAGGAAAAUGCGUGGAAAGACAGAUACCGAACAGCAGAUAGCUACAAGGUGGUGAGAUAUGCAUUCAUGCCGAGUGUACAGUGUGUAGUUGAAACCGCGCUGAACAUACAUCAUUUUUCCUUUGUUUUGACAUCUGUUAUGGCGCUCCCUCUCCGGCAUUACUCCCAGCAGUUCCACGUCAUCAUGCCCUUGGCUACCAUACUCCACCACCACCACAACACACAUGCUAGUCUUCGGAGAGGAAGGCAAAGCUGUGCUGUGCUGUGCUGUAAGGCAGGACAUGUCAUGUGUGGGUGGAGACCAACAAGAGAUCAAAGAUACAGGAGAUACAGCAUGAUUUUCUUGUUCUCAGACGGCCGAUUGGCGCGUCCUCUUCGGCUUUGGUAGUAGAGACAGUCUUCCCUAUAGAGCUGGCCCUCCCUUUCCGCGUCUGUCGGCCUCAGCACGUGAUUGUGGCUGUUACUGUUGUGGUGCCG